AAUCGCGCCCGUUUCUCGUUCACGUUAGAUCGAAUGUCUUUUACCGGCGUGAAAACUAGAAAGAAAUGUAUACUUUUGAUUAUAAGUCAGUGAUUUUUUGUGCAUAAGUGACUAGAAACAUUUGGCAAAAUGUCGGUUGAACCAAUUGGCAAUAUACCGUAUUGUAAGGGAUUGUGGUCAGUUAUUUCCGGAACUAUUUGCCGCUGCGACAAAGAACUUGUGGAAGACGAAAUAAAAAAUGCGACUCCAAUAUUGAGAGAUGGGCUUGGUUUCUUUAAAAAAUUCACAGAGGAGUCUCUACAGACUAUUUAUAAAAAGAAUCCUCCACCAAGAAUGUAUGAUUUAAUCAGUAAACUUGCUCCUCUUCUGAAUUUAGACGCAACGAUAACAUGGGAUCUAGUCUGCAAUUUUAUGCUCUACGAGUAUAGAAAUUGUGCUGAAACUUUUGCCUCUCAACUGACCGAUUUGACCGCCAUGCGAAAUUUAAUUGAGGAUAUUUGGAGUUUUUACUAUGCAGAGAGAGUGAAUUUAAUAAAGUGUCUCAAACUCAUGGUAGAAUAUAGAGACAACACCAAGCAUCCUCAUCAAAAACAAUUCACUAACUUCUUCGAUGAAGUUCUUCUUGGCAGUUUAUUAGAGUCUGUGCGGAAACAGAUUGAGGUUCUCAAAUUCAUUAAUCCUCCAGUUAGAUCGCAACUUUUUAGCGAGGAUCAUCUUCACCGGAUUUACAAUAGUAGUCUAGUCGAAAUGCGGGAAUUGUUACACAUAUACACUGUUAUUUUAAACGACGUUCACAUUUCUGAUCAUUCAUUCAGUGACGUCUAUGCAAGCAUCAGUGGAGAACCUAGACGUUUAAUCAGUUACAAUAGUCGAGAGGACAAAGAAAUUGUAGCUAAAAGAAUCGAGGAUAUUCAAUACAGUCAGACUGCUUUGUUGUUAGUCGCUAUGGAUGUAACAAAACAUUCCGGUAUGGAGGACUGGAUCAAAGGCGUCCGGAAAAGUAUGCAGGACACUUUCGAGCACAAAUGUCUGCGAGAUAGUUUGCCACAAGACGGACCUUUGCUUCUCGCCUGGAUGCUAGGAAACUACGCAGUCGAACCAGACAACGCAGAUGUAUUAAACUGCUUCAGACCCUUUGGUAUUCGUGCCAUUCAGUUAAACGUUUUCCACUAUCUUCGAGCAUUGAUAGACUCCGAAAUGAUCAGGGAAGACACCCAUUAUGCCGAAAUAGUUCGAAGCAGCGUUUACAAUCUUUUGACUCUCCUUUGCGCUUUUAUCGACGAAGACAGACUUGAUACCUUAACCGGAAUUUUUGAUGCCGUCGCCUCUGUCUUAAGGUAUCCAGAACUCGCUGAGAGAUUCUGGCAGGAAAAGGAAGACGGUUUGUGGAUUUUCUACAAGUUCGCAGCACAGUGGUUCCCUUAUCGAUUCGAACCACUCACCUCUGUCGUUACUGGAUUAGCCACAGCUUCUGUCUCCAGUGCUAAAAAUGUAGUAAAAGCGCUGGACAAUUUAUCCUCCAUAACCCUCGAACUUCCUCGACGACAACUUCGCUCGAACGAACCUCUAAAACCCUACGAACAAGAGUGCACCAUUCACAGGAACACCUUCACAAUUCCAAAAAUUACUCCUCGUGAAAGAAUCGAAUCCGCCAGAAGAAAAGACGACGGCGAUGAAUUCGAUGUUAUCCUCUGGCGAACAAAAGGAUCUUACUGGGAUGCCUUCCACCACAAAAUCGAACAGCUCUUUCUCCAAGCGAGUGGUGGAAUGGCCAAUCUGAGCAACACAGAAGCCAUUCUCCCGGAACAAGUCACCCAGGGCUUCGGUCUCCUAGAGUCUCUCCUUGCAGUGGAUAUAGAAAUUCCACGAAGUAUGGUCAUCCCUACAGAAUUGAGUUUUGAAAUCAUCAACAGAUUCUCCUAUCCAAUUCUUCCUCUCAGUAUCUACAAAGUAGUCGCUGCCUGCAUCCGCGUCUCUUCAAAACUCGUCCUCAGAUAUCCAGAAGACGUCCUUUCUCGAAUGAGAACCGGAGUCUAUCCUCGCUUCGAUGAUCGUUACCAAAAAACUACACAAUUUGCUGAAGCCGUCUCCUUUGACGGAGGCCUUGUAGCUUCCUGGCUUUCAAGUAUCGAGACCAUACAACACACUUAUCCAAUUCUAAACGCCUACUUAGACACCUUAUCUAAUUAUCUAAUCGCCCGACACAGUAAAGAAGCCAUGUACGCAGUCGAAAUUCCCGGAAUGGUUCUUCUGCUUCAGAGUGUUCUUCCAAAACUAGACUCCUGGUACUUCCAGUCAGAAUCUGAGAAGGUGGAACUCUGGCUAAAAAGCGUAUUUUGCCUGCACCGAGCUCUCGAUUCAGUCCCAGGACAAAAGGGCGAGUCGCGAAAUGAAUUAAGACUUAUUGUAACCUAUAAUCUACUUCAUUUGGAGCCAAGGCACGCGCUUUUGAAACUCGUGAGAACUGGAGAACGAGCUUUGAGUAAUCGAAUGAUGAAUGAGACUGAUUGGAUCGCUGGGAAGGGCUUCAAAGUGAUAAAAAGUGUUCAAUUGGCUCUUUCGGUAGUCAACAGACUCCUGAUGUAUCGGAAGAAUCUGGGACUUGGAAUCGAGGAAAGAUCCCCGCUCGAAAUCGCUCUUUACGCUUCUCCUUCUUUACCAAAUGGUCUCUUGAUCGUCCCAACUAUUGUUGAUUAUCUCUACGUCUGGUUUAGUCCUGCACUUCAAGCAAUGGCGGUUAGAUUGCUCAAGAAAUUCGCUGAAGGAUUCUCCAUGUCACUUUUAGUUUGUAUGGGAAUGGAUGGUACCGCUAUCAGAGAAACUUUUGCUUCUCGAUUGAUGUCUCCCACUUGUGCUGCGGAAGUCAAGGUCGCGAUUCUUGAGUUGGUAGCAGUUUGCCUUGAUCGUCAACCUGGAUUAACGGAGGCUCUUUUCAACAUCAUGCAUCAAGCAGAGCGUAGGAGAAUUUUUCCGAGACCUGCUGAUGAAUUUUUGACCGAGGGUUGUACCAGAUUUUUGGAUCUUUAUAUGCAAAGGAUUCAUCAGGAAGAGGACAUCGUCUACGAUAGACUUUAUGAUGCAACUUUGAGUCUUUUAAGGGCGAUGUGGUACCAUCGGAACGAAAUCCUCGUUAGCUUUUUCCGCAAAAGGGCAGAUUUUUGGAGUAAUUUGUUCGCCCCAUUAUUUCGUAGAUUAGUUCCUGAUGUUAGAGGCUAUUCGCAGUUGAUUGAUAUUGUCACGUUGGAGCUGUUUAAAAGCACCCUUUUGGAAAAGGACUUCCAGACAAAUCUAGAAAAGUUGCUUGACAAAAAAGAAGACUACUGGGAGAAGCUGGCGAGUUAUGUUUUCGACAGCAUUCCUCGAUCAGAAAUGACAAAUGGAGAGGAGGAAGAAGAUGUCGUUAUUGAAAAAGAUGGCCACAAGCCUUUCUAUGAGACGAUUCUCGAGUCCUGGUAUCAACUUCUAGUGACUCUGACGGAUGAAAGAGUUGCUAGGAAUUAUCCUGUAGAUGAAAAACAAACUCAAAAAACCACGAGUCUUGCUUUGGAUCAUUUACUCGAAUUGCUGAAACAGCCGACUCCGAAAUCGUCUGCGAAGCGAAGUUCUCACGCGAAAACUACAAUGUUGUUGGCAUCAAUAUCUCUCAGAUGUGUUUCCUCCUGGAAGACCAAAUGUAUUGGAGAUUCUUCAGAUUUAAAAAACAAGAUGACAGAACUAGUUCAAGAAAUUGUACAGUUUUAUAGAGCUUAUGGUAGAAGCUUGAGGCAGACGUUGAUUUGUCUAGUUUUGGGAUUAGUUCAGCUGAUUGGAGAUACUCUCGUGGAAGAUAAUGGGACUUUGGAAUAUUUACUGGGACAAUCCUGUGUCCUGGCAACUGGAGAUGUUGAGGAAUUGAGGGAAAUGGCGAGGAGCAGAGAGAAGAAGAGGAAGUUUAUAAACCGCGAGGGAAAAGAGGAAAUUGACAGAGCGAAUGAAGAUUUGGAUGCGAUGGAGCUGACUGCGAUUUGUGAAUCGCUUCCGGCUACUUUGACUGUUAGUUUAGUCACUCAACUUUUGAAGUAUCAGAUUGAGGCAAAUUCGAAUAGUCGGAGGAGGAAAACUGCGUGUUUGCAACUUAGACAAUUGAUUCCUGAGAUUAUGACGACAGUUGGAGUCACGAUGCAGAAACAUCCUUAUGCUAGAUUUAGCAAAGCGGCUCUUGCGUUGCUAGGAACUGGAGUCAGAUCGAUUUCUGGGGUUUUGAAGUUUGAAGAAGAAGCUAUGGCAAAAUUCUGUCUUGCUUUGAUUCCACCUACAGAUUUAAAGAACAGCGUUCUGGAUUCAUUGUACGAUGAUUGUACUAGUACGAGUAGAUGGCGAUGUCAGGAUUGGUGGCCUCUUUACACGAUUGGCUUAGAAUUUAUAAUUGGACUUGUGAUAAGCGAAUCUUCCUCUUCGUACAUUUCGUACGUGGUUACGUUCCUAGGUUCUCACGAAUAUCAACUAAUAGAAGUUUCUACUUUGCUGAGGCACACUGCUGAUCCUGUGGCAGCUGAUCUUAUUCAAUCCUUAAUUUCACUAGUUUCAACUUUAUCAACGAAACCAGUUUAUUGGGAGUCGAUACAACCGAGUGUUCGAGAAACUUUAGUGAAAUGUACAUAUUUGGCAUACGACAGUACAGUCAAUCUUUUGCUACGUCCUCGAAUUUUAAAAUUCAUUAUGGAUGGAAUCAGUGUUGAAAGUGCUGAGGAAUUACAGACCUGUGAUGAAAAACAACUUAGCGGAGAACUAAAGCUUCUCGUCAACAAGUUGAUUUUGAUCAACACAUCUUGUGCCAUGAGUUUCGUUUAUUUUUCACCUCGACUCAACACUCUCGUCGACACGAUAUACGCCCAAGAAGAUUUCUGGUAUGCGCCAAUGGCAGAGAUGAACUUUGGCCCACCUCAAAUGUGCAUCACUUCUGGACCUCGUUUAACUUAUGGUACGAUAAUUAGUUCAACUCAACUGUUCACUCAAGCUCAACUUCAUGCUCAUUCCUCGUCGAAUCAGACUUCUUCUUUAUCCACUUUAUCUAGUGGUUCGAUACGUUCUUCGACUUCCCGAGACGAUAAAAUUGAUUCUGCCAAAAAAGAAUGGGAACGAGCCUCUCCAGAAAAUCUCCGUAGGAUGCAAGUUAAGGAUUUGAGAAAAAUCCUCCACCACACAGGCUCAUCAGCUUCAGUAGCUUCUUCCAUGAUCAGUAACUAUCCAAGUGGUGUAGAUUUCUCAGGAUACCUUACAGGGCGAGACGUAACUGUGCCACUUCUCAGUAAUCCACGACUUAUCAGGAGACCUUUUGACCCUCUUAUUUGUGAGAACACGAUUCUUUCAAGGGCAACUGCUUUAAUUCCAGUACCAGGUCGAUCCCACGUAGGCAAAAUCAGUAGUCCAAGUGCUAGGCAAAAUGAAAACGAUGGAUUGAAUCGUUCUCGUAGCGACGGAAAUGGAGAAACGAGUGAUCCCUGGUUUGCUUCAAUGGAAGAAAAUAACACGAGACUUGCUUUGGAAGUAAAUUUGGUGCUGAUACUCUGUCAGGCUCUUGAGGGAGUUAAAAGUGCCAGGUUAGCAAUGAGAGAUCGCCAGCUUAUCGCUCGGGAAACAGCAACCGAGGUAGGAAUAUUUUUCGACUUUCUGGAACACAAGAAGAACUUCAGCGAUUGGCAGGUUUCUGCUACUCUCAUCGAGGCAGACUCAAGAAGGUUAAAAAUUGUUAAGGCAUCUGAAGAAGCUGACCACAGAUUACCAGCAAGAUUAUUGAAAACUUGCACGGCGCAAAAAGCUCCAGUUCGUCCAGUUCGACUUUACUCAGAAGAUGAUGAUGAUUCAAUUUCUGUAUUCGAGGACGCGGAAGAAGCUGAACAGAGAUCGAAUGAAGACGUAGUAACAAGUGGAGGCUUUGGUACUAAAAUUGACACCUCGCAGAUUUUACCUCUUCUAGGUAAAUUAUUAAAGUCCGUGGUAGAAUCGUUAGAUUCAGCGCAGUACUGAUAAAGAUUAACUUAAUUAUGUGCUUCGUAAUUAGAUUGUAAAGAAAUUUUGUACACUGUGAAUAUAAUUGUUCAGUACUUUCAGUAAAUUAUAUUU